AAGAAAAUGGCAACUAUGGGUCCAAGGAUUUUCGCCCCUUAGUCAAAGUGAAUAGUCCGAAUGAGCAUCUUCUCCCCCAAAUAUCAGAUUCCAUUAAUUGCUUCUGAAAUUCUUAUAUCAAUUUGGUAAAAUUGUUGCAAUGUUUUGUAAUCUUUUUCAGUUUCUUCAAUUCUUCAUAAAAAUGUUGCUUCCCUUCUUCCUGCUGUCCAUUCUCUCUCUUCCUAACAGAUGUUCGGCAGACUCUUCUACAGAAACAGAAAGGACAUUGGCUAUAAUAAAGCCAGAUGGUGUUUCUGGAAACCAUACAAAUUCCGUUAAGGAGACAAUUCUCAAUCAUGGAUUCAAAAUCACAGAGGAAUCGCUCAUUCAGCUUGAUGAGGAUCGUGUGAAAAGAUUUUAUGCUGAGCACUCUUCAAGGAGCUUCUUUCCAAGCCUUGUUGAAUACAUGACCAGUGGUCCAGUGUUGAUAAUGGUUCUGGAGAAAGGGAAUGCCAUAGCUGAUUGGCGUGCAUUAAUUGGUCCCACAGACCCACUCAAGGCAAAGGUUACUCAUCCUCACAGUGUCAGAGCCAUAUGUGGGCUGAACUUACAGGAGAAUUGUGUUCAUGGUUCUGACUCACCUCAGUCUGCUAGCCGGGAAAUAUCUUUCUUCUUUAAAACGACAUCAUCAGGAUAUGCAUCUAAGCAUGAUGAAUUAUAAGUCAUUGAAGAACAAUCGAAUCGUGCCCAUUCAGAUUCCUCUAUGAACAGAUUGUUGCAGCGAACUUAAAUUGAGUUGUCCUCUGAGAUAUUGUAUCCUGCAAGCUAAUGAAAGUCAGAUGGAGCUUACAUUAUAUGAGUUUAGUUGUCAGUAUUUUCGAAAUGUAACAUAGAUAUAUGUAUAUUUUCAAAAGUACGAUGAAUUCAGUAUUUUCAACAUGUAAUAUAUAGAUAUAUGUGUCAAAUUACACAUUUCAGAUCAUGUAUUACACUGACUGAACAAGGAACAACAUAAACUACUACAUUAGCUUGAUCACCAUGUGCUACUUGAAACUGAAUCUACAUAUUUUAUAUGAUUUUGGACAAUUUUAUCCCUCGA